AUGGCUCAGAAAGUCUGCAGCUCACCCUUCCUCAAGCCUUUCUUCCUGAAGACGCCCAUCGGCGUGUCCAGCCCCAGACGGCAGCGGCGGCACACGCUACCUGCCAGCGAGUUCCGCAACUUGACCCCUCAAGAUGCCAUCAGUGUGUUCGAGAUUGAGAGAGAAGCAUUUGUAUCUGUGUCCGGCGAGUGUCCACUCACUCUGGACGAGGUGCUCGUAUUCCUUAGCCAGUGUCCGGAGCUCUCGCUCGGCUGGUUCGAGGAGGGACAGCUUGUGGCCUUCAUCAUCGGUUCAGGCUGGGGCAAGGAGAAGCUCGCGCAGGAGGCCAUGACCACUCACGUCCCCGACAGUCCGACCGUCCACAUCCACGUGCUGUCCGUGCACCGGCACUGCCGGCAGCAGGGCAAGGGCUCGGUGCUGCUGUGGCGCUACCUGCAGUACCUGCGCUGCCUGCCCGGCCUGCACCGGGCGCUGCUCAUCUGCGAGGAGUUCCUGGUGCCCUUCUACCUCAAGGCCGGCUUCAAGGACAAGGGCACGUCGGCCAUCGCCGUGGGCAACAUGUCCUUCCACGAGAUGGAGUACCAGCUGAGAGGCCUGGCCUACGCGCGGCGGAACAGCGGCUGCUGA